UCAAUUAAAUAAAUGUUGUAAUUAAAGUGUUUUUAAAGAAUACAAGUAGCAUUAUUUUUCUUUUAAGUAAAAGGAAGUUAUGUCAGCUUGUCUUAAACAAUAUAUAUUAAAAAAUUGCUGCUAUUACAUUCUCUUCCCCAAAUUUUGCACAGUUGAACACCUUUACCAAAUUAAUGGCGGAAGAAGAGAAAUCAGUGCAAGAAGAGCUUUCACUUCCGAUUCUACUAGCUGACAGAGUAAUCAAAUCUGCUCAAGAAGCCGAAUCCUCUAAAGUAGAAUGCGCCGAGCUCGCACGCCACGCUACUCAGCUGACCCAGUUUCUCCGAUCAACGGUUCGGCUCACCAGUUCUUCACAAUCCCAGUCACUUUACGACCGGCCUAUCCGCCGGAUAACUUCUGAAGUCACAAAAACUCUUGAACGGGCACUUACCCUUGUACGCAAGUGCCGUCACAAGCCUAAUCUACUCCGUCAUGUCCUUGCGAUUACUUCCACCACUGAUUUCCGGAAAGUUUCUAUUCUUCUAGAAAAUUCCAUCGCCGAUGUGACGUGGCUGUUAUCUAUCUUCGACCCGGAAGCUGGCCCGACACUUUCCCUUCCUCCUAUUGCUAGUAACGACCCGAUUAUGGCUUGGGUUUGGUCUUAUAUUGCUACUAUUCAAAUGGGUAGUCUUCAGCACCGAAUUGAUGCUGCUCUGGCAUUAGCUACCUUAGCUAAUGAUAACGACCGGAACAAGAAAAUGAUUGUGGAAGAGAACGGAAUUCCGCCUUUAUUGAAGUUAUUGAAGGAGAGCAGCUCAGCAGAAGCACAAAUUGCUGCGGCUACUGCUUUGUACAACUUGGCUGAUGAUGAGGAAAGAGUGAGGGCAAUAGCAAAUGAUCUUGGUGUUCAAAUUAUUGUCAAGGUGCUUGCGGAAUCGCCCAUGAGAGUUCAAAUUCAUGUGGCUAAUUUGGUCUCGAGGAUGGCUGAUUUGGACUUGUAUGCCCAGGAAGAAUUUGGGAGGGAGAAUAUAACGAGGCCAUUGGUGAUUCAUCUAGGAAUGGAUGUAGUUCUGGAUGAACCCAAAGACGCUCCGCCCCGUAAGACUCCUAGUUUGCAUUCUUUAGUUCAAAUAAAUAAAGAGAUGGCCAGGAAUAAUUAUAGUGUACAUUCUAAUUCUAUGGAUGGGAGUAGUAGGGGCGGGCAUUACGGUAAUAAGAAGGAGAAAGAUAGGGAAUUGGAGCCUCCUGAGGUGAAAGCUAAGCUUAAGGUAAGUUGCGCGAUGGCCUUGUGGAAAUUGGCUAAAGGUAGUUUGAUGAAUAGCAGGAAGAUCACUGAGACUAAAGCUUUGCUUUGUCUGGCAAAGAUUAUUGAGAAGGAGAAGGGGGAAUUGCAGAUUAAUUGUCUGAUGACAGUGAUGGAAUUGGCUGCAGUGGCAGAGUCUAAUGCUGAACUUAGACGAGUGGCGUUCAAGCCUACUUCACCUGCUGGAAAAGCGGUUAUUGAUCAGCUAUUGAGGGUGAUAAAUGAGGAAACUGAUGCUCCAUUGGUGAUUCCGGCUAUUAAGGCAAUUGGGUCGUUGGCUAGGACAUUUCCUGCAAAGGACACGAGAAUCGUGAAGCACUUAGUUGGUAAACUUGGGCAUAGAAAUACUGAUGUUGCUGUGGAAGCAUGUAUUGCUUUGGAGAAAUUUGCAUGUCCGGAAAAUUUUAACUGUGUGGAGCACUCGAAGGCAAUUGUUGAAUUUGAUGGAGUGCCAAAGCUGAUGAAUUUGCUGAGGUAUGACCGAGGGCAAGUGCACGAGCUUCAACUGCUCUGCUACCUUGCUUUGCACGUUGGUAAUAGUAAGGCCCUUGAGCAAGCAAAAGCCCUGAGCAUCCUUGAGGGUGCUGCUCGUCAUGUAAUUGCUCAGCGUCCUGAUUUAAGGGAGUUGUUUGCCAAGGCGAUCCACCAUCUUACUCUUUAUCAAAUUGGAGGUCAUAUGCAUAGACAAGCUUAAUGCUUCAUUGUUCGGAUUUCUAUCCAAUCAGAAUGGCCUUAGCACUUCAUGCUUCUGAAAUAAUCAGGUUUGAAGCACUGUCCUGACAAAGUCUUACAUUGUAUUCCUGUUGAAUUUUCAGCUUCAAAUCUUCUUCUCUGAAACUGUUGUGGAAGCUACAUUUUAGGUACGGGUUCAGAUGAAUCUAGUAGCUUUUGCUUGGACUGUAUUUGUAUCAGUAAAUUGAUAAAAUAUGUAUAAAUAUUUAGUUGAGAAUCCAGUAACCAAAAUAAGUUAUGGGCUCGGUGGCAAGUUCAAAACCCAUAAACUUCAAAUUCUGGCUCCGUCUUUGUGUGCAUUAAUUGUGCAUAUUAGAGUCUGUUAAACCUAGUAACUAGGUUAACUGACUGAUUAUGCUAUUAACCAAAAUCUUGGUUCGUGCUGCUCCCAUACCAAUGUUAGUCACUCUGCCACACCUAUGUGAUGGAGAUGCAUCAUGCCAACUACUAUAUACAUUUCAUUAUAUGUAGCAUCCAGGGAAUGCAAACUGAUUUCAAAAACAGAGCGAGUCUUCUGUAAAGCAUCUAAUGGAGUUCCCUCCUAUGGAUACUUAAGGAGGCUUAAUAUCGUCAUUCUGUUGCUUAUCUCAUUAUUUCCAGGCCAAAUAUAUCAUAAAAUGAUGUUCGUUGGUUGUUGGCCAUAAGCUUUCUUCUCACUUGUCUUAUUAGUGUUUGGUAAGCAAGUUUAAGAUGAUGUAACAAAGGACAAUUCCAUUGUAAGCCUUACAACAUUUAGAUUGAACAUUCAGCAGCUUGAUUUAGUACGUGUAUAAAUCAACAUUGUUUCUCUGAAAGUUAUUUUUCCUUGCUA